AUGGUUAUUGAUUCGGGUCGUGAGAAUGUGGCGUACCAGGUUCAGGUGCCUGAGCAGGACAAGCCCAAGGGCCGUCAACUGCCAGUCACCCUGCUCUCUGGUUUCUUGGGAAGUGGUAAGACAACCCUCUUGAAACACAUCCUCAAGUCACCCGACCAUGGGAUGCGAAUUGCGGUCAUUGUAAAUGAUAUGAGUGUGUUGAACAUCGAUGCCGCCCUCAUCAAGAACCACAAAGUCUCUCAGACCCAUGAGAAGCUCAUCCAGUUGCAGAAUGGCUGCAUCUGCUGCACCCUGCGUGGUGAUCUGCUAUCCGAGUUAGCACGUCUGACGAAGCAGAACGAGAUCCAAUAUGUCAUCAUCGAAAGCACGGGAAUCAGUGAGCCGAUGCAAGUGGCCGAGACAUUCACUGCGGAGUUCAGCUCGGCCAUGCUGGAGGCUGAGGACCAAAUCAGUGGCAACAAUGACGAGGAUGCAAAGAAGAUCCUGCAUGAGAUUGUUGAAUUGGGUGGACUGCACACGAUGGCCCGUCUUGACACCACGGUGACAGUCAUCGAUGCCUUCAACCUGCUUUCGAAUUUCGACACUGUCGAGUUCCUAUCCGAUCGAUAUGGCAAAGAGGAGAUUGUACCCGAAGAUGAGCGAACAAUUUCCGACCUGAUGGUGGAUCAGAUUGAGUUUGCCGAUGUUCUGAUCGUCAACAAGAUCGAGACCAUCGAUCAAGCAAGACGGGACAAAAUCAUGCAGCUGCUAAAGUUGUUGAACCCAAAUGCAAAGGUUCUCACGUCUAGCUACUCCCAGGUAGACGUGCGGGAGAUUAUUGCGACCGGCAGAUUUGACUUCGUGCGGGCUGCAUCUGGCGCAGGCUGGCUGCGCAGCUUGCAUGAAAUGACUGUACAGACGACCGGCAAUGGAGAGCGCAUGGCCCCCAAGCCGGAGACUCUAGAGUACGGGAUCAACAACUUUGUGUAUUCUGCCCGACGGCCCUUCCACCCUCGUCGUCUCUUCUCACUCCUCCAUGACAAGUUCAUCCUCCUUCAAAACAACGAACUUGACGAUGAAGAGGAAGGUGAAGAAGAGAAUGACGAUGAAUCCGUAGACGAGAUGGACACCGAUACCGACUCGGUGGAAGACUUUGAUCAACCGGAUCCAAAUGACAUCCUAAAAAACAAGCGAGAGCACCCCGCAUUCGGCCCCGUUCUCCGCUCCAAAGGCUUCUUCUGGCUGCCCACUCGGCCCUUCCAGUUUGGCGAGUGGAGCCAAGCGGGCGGCAUGUUAACGGUGGGCUGUGGGGGUCCCUGGUUUGCGGAAGUCCCCGACGAUGCGUGGCCCGAGGACAAGGAUGUUGUCGAAUCAAUUCAAAAUGACUUUCAGGGCCCCUGGGGAGAUCGGCGUCAGGAACUGGUGUUCAUCGGCGAGGGGAUCGACAAGGAACAGAUCACGGCCCUUCUAGACGAAUGUCUGCUGGAUGACAAGGACAUGAAACAGUGGGAGAAGGUGAUGAAAAACAAGAAACUGAGUCGCGAGGUCAAGACUAAGAAGCUGGCGAGCCUAUGGGAAGACGGUUGGGAGGAUUGGCCCGCUUUUGAGAUCGAGGAGGAAGAACAGAGGGGCAAACACCGAAUCAGCGAGUACGCGAGCCACGAGCACAAGGGCCAUAAGCAUAGUCAUCGGUAG